UUCCCGAUAAUAUUCAAGAUAAUACAUUAUAAGUAAAUGACUAACAUCUUAUUAAUUAAAAUUACUUCUUACUUUUGUAAAUAAUAAUAUUACUACUUAAUGUCUUUUAUGAAUAUUACACUAAAAGAAGUACUACGUAAAAUUAAAAAAUAACUCUAAAUUAUUAAUAAUAUUUUUAUUAUGCUCAUAUAUUGUAGUAUUAAAAUUUAAUUUUAGAUCACCGAAACAUUUGAUAUUUAAUUUCUUUGACAAAACAAAUGUGUUUGCUGAGAUUUGACCAAUGCAAUCCCAUCUCCUCACCCCAAAACCCAAACCCCAAGUGGACCAGUCUCUUCUGCAUUUUUGUGAAGAUAAGAUGGCCACCCCAGCAACCCCUUCUCCUCCUCAAACAUCCAUGUACUUCCAAAUCCCCUAAUUUUAGGGUUUUAGAGUAUAUUCCUUGCUUUUAUUCCUACUCCUUCCUCUUCAUCCUUUUCACUAAUAACAAUAUGGCAGCAGCAGCUAUUUUUAUAACCUGCAACUCAAUCAGUUUUCCCGGUUCAGGCCCAUUUAGAAGAAUCCGUAACGGAAAGAGCUGUUUCUUCAGGCUUAAUAGAAUUUUUGUUGUCUCUUCACAUACUAGUCAAAAGAUUCUCAAGCCCAAUAGAAGGUCUAGGAACGGCCAGCCAAUGUCGCCUUAUGACUCAGAGUCUGAUGAAGAUGAAGAAGAAGAAGAGGAGGAUGUUUUGACUUCUGACGAUGAAUCUCUAGAUGUGAGGGUUUCUGGCCAGGACGGGCAGCGCCUGAAGUUUCAGAAUGCAACACUCAUCAGACGAGACAGUCAUCACUAUUCGAAUGCAAAAUUGGGACACCGGUGGCAAACUCCUGAGAUAACCCAAGAUUGGAGAGAAAAGGAGGCAAGGAGAAGCUUGGCUAAGGACAGAUUUAGUCAUCUAGCAGAGGAAUUGGAUCUGGAUGAGAGAUGGUUUCCUCUUCUUGAUUACCUUAGUACCUUUGGAUUUAAGUACUCUCAUUUCAUCCAGAUGUAUGAAAGGCACAUGCCUUCCCUUCAAAUAAAUAAGAGUUCUGUACAGGAAAGGUUGGAGUUCCUGUUGAGUGUUGGUGUCAAACAUAAAGACAUCAGGAAGAUAAUAUUGAGGCAGCCUCAACUUCUUGAGUAUACUGUGGAAAACAACCUGAAAUCCCAUGUCACAUUUUUAACUAGUUUGGGUAUUCCAGAAUCUAGAAUGGGUCAGAUAAUUACUGCAACUCCAUCUCUUUUUUCUUAUAGUGUGGAAAAUUCAUUAAAACCCACAGUGACUUACUUGCUUGAAGAGGUUGGUAUCGAGAAGAAUGACUUGGCCAAAGUUGUGCAGUUAAGCCCUCAAAUUCUGGUGCAGCGGAUUGACACUUCGUGGACAUCCCGCUUCAAUUUUCUCACUAGAGAAUUGGGUGCACCCAGAGAUAGUAUUGUCAAAAUGGUUAGGAAGCAUCCUCAAUUACUUCACUACAGCAUAGAGGAUGGAUUGCUUCCCCGGAUUAAUUUUUUUAGGAGCAUCGGAAUGCGCAAUUCGGAGAUACUAAAAGUGCUAACUAGCAUUACACAGGUCUUCUCUUUAUCACUUGAGGGGAAUCUGAAACCUAAGUACAUGUACUUGGUUAAUGAACUUGGCAAUGAAGUGCGAUCAUUGACUAAGUAUCCCAUGUACCUAAGCUUGUCGCUGGAUCAGAGAAUUAGGCCACGCCAUAUGUUUUUGGUUUCUCUAAAGAGGGCUCCCAAGGGUAAAUUUCCAUUAAGUUCACUGAUCCCAACUGAUGAAUCUUUUUGCCAGCAGUGGGCAGGGACUAGCUUGGACAAAUAUCUUGAUUUUCGGCAGAGAUUGCUUCUAAAGGAACUUGCCAGAAAAUACGAAAGACGAUAACAUCUGGUAGCAGAUCUCUGCCCUGCAUACUUAUUAUAAGGCUAAUUUUGUGAAAGGAUUCUAUAGCACUUGGAUGACCCAUAUACGCAAGUAUCUGUAUUUAUGUUUUCCAAAAGUUAUUUUUCGUUUCUUAA